GUGUGUGAGUGUGUGUAUAAGUGCAUCUGUACUGAAACAUCACCAUGACUCGGAAAAGGUUGCGCUGUGUAGCUGUGCGGGGAUUCCUGGCGUGGGAAGUGGCGCUGUUAGUGAGUCUGGUGGCAACAAAAGACCCUGAACAUCCUCGGGGGAGAGCCGUACCCAUGUCUCCUUCAGACUUUCUGGACAAGCUCAUGGGAAGAACCUCGGGCUACGAUGCCAGAAUUAGACCCAACUUCAAAGGUCCACCGGUGAACGUGUCCUGUAACAUAUUCAUCAACAGCUUUGGCUCAAUCGCCGAGACAACAAUGGAUUACAGAGUGAACAUCUUCCUACGGCAGCAGUGGAACGAUCCGAGGCUGGCCUACAGCGAGUACCCGGAUGACUCUCUUGACCUCGACCCCUCCAUGUUAGACUCCAUCUGGAAGCCGGAUCUGUUCUUUGCCAACGAAAAAGGUGCACACUUUCAUGAAGUCACCACCGACAAUAAGCUGCUGAGGAUAUUCAAGAAUGGCAACGUCCUCUAUUCUAUAAGACUGACCCUGACACUUUCUUGUCCGAUGGAUCUGAAGAAUUUCCCCAUGGAUGUACAGACAUGCAUCAUGCAACUAGAGAGCUUCGGCUACACGAUGAAUGAUCUGAUCUUCGAGUGGCAGGAGAACGGACCCGUGCAGGUGGCUGAAGGACUCACGCUUCCUCAGUUCAUCCUAAAAGACGAGUCUGAUCUGAGAUACUGCACCAAGCAUUACAAUACAGGGAAGUUCACGUGCAUAGAGGUGCGUUUUCACCUGGAGAGGCAGAUGGGUUAUUACCUGAUCCAGAUGUACAUCCCCAGUCUGCUCAUCGUCAUCCUCUCCUGGGUGUCCUUUUGGAUCAACAUGGAUGCUGCUCCUGCUCGUGUGGCCCUGGGAAUCACUACGGUGCUCACCAUGACCACACAGAGCUCCGGGUCGAGGACCUCGCUGCCUAAGGUCUCCUAUGUGAAGGCCAUAGAUAUCUGGAUGGCUGUGUGUUUGCUCUUUGUGUUCUCGGCUCUGCUGGAGUACGCAGCAGUGAACUUUGUCUCGAGGCAGCACAAGGAGCUGCUGCGGUUCCAUAGGAGAAGAAAGAAGUCAAGAAAGGAGGAUGAGGCACGUGAAAGUCGUCACAGCUAUGUCCCUAACGCAGCAAAAGAUGCCCCGAUCGCCAAAUCCACCAAUAACAUGGGCGCUAACUCACUCCAGGCCCAGACAAGCACUAAUGUCACUAACAAGAGUCCGGAGGAGAUGAGGAAGAUCUUCGUCGACCGCGCCAAGAAGAUCGACACCAUAUCACGCGCUGGGUUUCCUCUGGCAUUCCUUUUCUUCAACAUCUUCUACUGGGUUCUGUACAAAAUCUUACGGCACGAUGUCCACAAUCCCUAAACACGCAGCCUGACCGGGUGGGCGGAGUUUCAGCCUGACGGGAAGCUACAUAUGGCGUUACAUAUUAGAGAUACACUAUAUAGUACAUACAUGAUGUGUACUCUACUGUCAUCAUGGAGACCAGGAAGUGUUACAGUGGCAUGGACCACAUGGUUACGACGCACACACUAUGCAACUGAGAGACAUCAUGGAGCAAGACAAGAGACAGCUUCAAACAUCCCCUCAUACACACACAGUCCCGCGAACCUCCCUGGAUCUCACUCUUUGCUCUCGUCGUCUCUCUUGUGUCCUACAGCUUUUAAC